UGUUUCCUUUUCUUCCACUGUUUUACUUUUUUUCUUUAUUUCAAAUUAUAUUAUUUUUAUUUACUUUUUUCUAAAAUGCCUAAAUUUUCAGAUCAUUUUAAUAGCACCACCAUAAGAGGAAGAGCUAAUGUGGCCAAAGUAACUUACGCCUCAUUUGCUGCCAUUUAUCUAUACAAUCGUUUUAAAAAGUCCAAAAAGAAACCAGCCGAAGUUAACCAAAGAAAUGAAACAAAUCUCAACAACCAGGAGCGAAAGUUGGAAGAUAAUGAUAAUGGUGUAGAACAUUUUAAAUGUCCACAUUGUGACUGUGGCAAAGGCAAAGAUGACUUUAAUGAUUACGAACAGCAAGACCCAACUCCCUCCGGGGAAUCGAAAACAAAUACCGAAAAUUCCCAUUCUACUAAAACUGAGCUUAAUCAAGAUAGCCCUAUUGCUAAGGCUGAAUCUAUGAUUAAAUCAUCUAAAACAAAAUGUGAGUCUGGCUGCAGUACCUCUUCUUCUCCUAAUCCUUCUGAAAUUACUAACACACAAAAUUUCUUAGAAUCCACCGAUAACACAGACUUAUUAUGGUGCUACACCAUCUAAUCAUGGAAAUGGCCAUAAUUAUGGGGACUCUCCUGCUCCCGACAAGGGUUCCUGUCCUUAAGAUGUUUUAAAGGAAUUCUUUUAUCAAAAUUUAUUUCAUUUUUUUUAAUAUACAG